UUGUAUUAUAGUUUUAGUCUAAGCAGCACUGCUGUGCUUAUUGAAUAUCACCACUUUAAGGUUGUGAUUGUGACAAGCGAACCGAAGAAGAUAAACGAGAUACUACUGGAGCUCAAAGGGCGCGCCAAAACAUACUGGACAAAACAUUCAGGUAAAUCGCGGAAGCACUGCAGCCAAGCGGAACCGUAUUUUUGUGAGCAAUUCAAUACUUGUUACACACAUCAGUUCACGCAAAUCUCCUCCCAAAACAAAAAGGAGCGAAUUUUACCCCAAGGAAGGCACGAAAUUCCAUUCUCUUAUACGUUACCGAAGACGCUACCGUCAUCGUUUGAGGGUGAAUAUGGUUUUGUUAGGUACACUUGCACAGCUACAUGCGAGAGGCCUUGGGAUGUGGAUAUUGUGUCGAAACGAGCGUUUACAGUUGUCGGAAUUGAGGAUAUCAACCAGGAGCCGGAGACAAUGGAACCAGCUUGUGUUUCGGAGUGUGAUUCAUCGGUGAGUUUUUGUUGCCGGAGGCAAGGCUCUGUGUCGGUGAAGCUGUCACUCGAUCGAACUGGAUUUACACCUGGCGAACAGUUCCAAGUGAACGCAACAAUCACCAAUGACAGUUCCAAGACCAUCAGAUGUUCGGCGUUGAAAAUGAGGCAGCAAGUUGAUUACAGGUGAUA